AUGGAAGAAAGGAGUGAAGAGCCCUGGCAAGAUUUCAGAUGGAAGCUGUAUGUGGACGGAGCAUCCAGUGCUAGGGGUAGUGGUGCAAGGAUAAUACUGAAGGGACUUGAAGGAUUCAAAAUUUGUUAUGCCCUACGGCUAGAGUUCAAUGCCUCCAACAACGUGGCAGAAUACGAAGUCUUGAUAAACGGAAUGCUGAUAGCAACGGAGGUAGGAGUAACCGACCUAGCAAUAAACAGCGACUCCCAGCUGGUAAUCAACCAGGUGACUAGGGCAUACCAAGCAAGAGAUCUCACCAUGCAAAAGUACCAGACAAAGGUGAAAGCUAUAGAGGUCGAGCUCAGCGAACAAGGAGUUAAAGUGCGGUAUCAGAGAAUACCCAGAGAAGAAAAUGAGGAAGCAGACCUGCUUAGCCGUUUGUUUAAAGAAGAAUUAGAACAACUCCCAGACAAAGUGUACAUACAGCAUAUCAACACGCCCGCUUACGAGAAGACCGCGAUGGUAAUGGAAAUCAGGGAAGGAGAGAACUGGAUGACUCCUUACUUAGAAUAUCUAGAAAAGGGAAAGCUCCCAAAAGAUAAAGCCGAGGCAAGGAAAAUUGCAGCCCGAGCUGCCAAUUAUCAAGCAGUAAGAGGAAUCCUAUACAUGAGAGGGAAGUCCAACCCAUGGCUUCGAUGUGUAGGCCCGGAGGAAGCAACCAGGGUCAUGGAAGAGAUUCACCAAGGAAUAUGUGGAGCUCACAAAGGAGAAGGAACCCUAACGAACAAAAUUUUCAGGCAAGGAUACUACUGGCCCACAGUUAAGAAGGAGACGGAGGAAUUUGUUAGAAAAUGCGAUUGGGGCAUAGAUAUCCUGGGUCCUUUCCCUAAGAUCACCGGACAGAAGAAAUUCGUGGUAGUGGCCGUAGAGUAUUUUUUGAAAUGGCCAGAAGCUGAGGCAAUCUCCACUAUCACGGCAAGGAAAAUGAUAGACUUUGUUUGGGGCAACAUCAUCUACCGAUUUGGGAUACCAAGGGUGCUUAUAUCAGACAAUGGCAAGCAAUUCGACUGCAAUGCCUUCAAGGAAUUCAUGAGAAACAUGGGCAUAUGGCAUAAAUUCUCUUCAGUGGCCCACCCUCAAACCAAUGGACAGACAAAGGUCACAAACCGGGCAAUCCUCCAAGGGACAUCAAUAAAGGAAACACCUUUCGCACUGACGUUUGGAACUGAAGCUGUCGUAUCCGUGGAGUUACAAGUCCCCACUCAUCGAGUCCAGUUCAAUAGUGAAGACACCAAUGGUGAUAAAUUGAGGAGCAAUUUGGAUGCCCUAGAGGAAGUAAGAGAAGAGGCCCAACUCCACACCGCCGCUUAUCAACAGAGGGCAGCUCACGACUACAAUCAAAGAGUCAGAGAAAGGAGCUUGAAGUAG